ACCAUCGAUUGAAUUGAACAUAAAGGUAGCAGUCUUGAAUUACAUAAUCACAAAUGCCGGCAGUCCCAACAAUUUAAACAAAAUCAAACUCAAUUAAUACUCUGUGAGUCAUGGGCGGCGAGUCACGUUACGAGAUCCACCAAAAUGCCUACAUGAAGCUCGUCCUCCACGCCGUGAAACACAGGAACUCCGCCGUCAACGGUGUCCUCCUUGGUCGUUCCUCAGCCGACGGCGAUUCCGUCGAGAUCGUCGACUCCGUCCCCCUUUUUCAUUCCCAGAUCGGCCUCCUCCCUCCACUCGAAAUCGCUCUUAUCAUGAUAGAGGAGUAUUAUGCGGAAAAAGGCUUGACUGUAGCUGGAUAUUUUCACGCUAAUGAGAGAUACGAUGAUUUCGAGCUUGCUACUGUCGCUAAGAAUACUGGCGAUCACAUUACUCGAUAUUUUCCACAGGCUGCUUUGCUUCUGUUAGAUAACAAAAAGCUCGAGGCUUUACCAAAGGGAAAAGACCGGAGACCAGUGAUGCAGCUUUACAUUAAGGAUGCAUCUAGAAGUUGGAAGUUGGUAGGGUCAGAGGGAGGCAAUCAGCUUAGUAUCAAGGAGCCCUCCGGAAAUAUAGUUCUUCUGGAUUACCUUGCAUCUGAAAAAUGGAAGGAUAUCAUAGAUUUUGACGACCACCUUGAUGACAUCAGCAAGGACUGGCUGAAUUCAGAACUUUUCCAGUAACUUUUGACGGGGAAAGGAAGACAUCUUUGUUUCACACAAACUGGUGCUACGCUAUUCUUCUCUGCUCAGUUUUUUUUUUGGAAGACUAGCCCAUAAAACUUAGAUGAACAUCAAAUUCUGUUUGCAGGGAAUUUUAUUUAUGUACCAUAUUGAUAUAUUUAUCCGUUUCUUGAUAUGAUGACACAUCUCCAUUCAGAGAUUCCUGAAUUCUAAAUUAUCCGUAACUCUUAAAUUUGUUUCUUACAGGGUUGAUUCAGAACUAUUCAUCUUUUCAUCA